AUGAAAGUUUUUUUGGGCUCACUCGACAUAUGGGAGAUUGUUGAAGAUGGCUAUGAUGAGCCAAAGAACGUGACAGAUGAAGCCGCACUAACUGCUGGGGCUAAGAAAGAAUUGAAGGAGCAAAGGAAAAAAGACAAAAAAGCACUUUAUACAAUCUAUCAGGGAGUUGAUGAAAGCAUGUUUGAGCUAAUUUCCUCAGCCACUACAUCCAAGGAGGCUUGGGAACUUCUCCAAAAGGCAUUUGGUGGUGUGGAAAAGGUAAAGAAAAUUCGUCUCCAAACUCUUCGAGCACAAUUUGAAACAUUGCGUCAAGAAAAAUUAGAGUCAAUUUCUGAUUAUUUUUCUCGAGUGAUUUCUAUUGUCCACCAACUAAGAAGAAAUGGAGAGAAAAUAGAUGAUGCUCGAGUCAUGGAAAAAAUUUUGAGGUCACUUGAUUCAAAAUUUAGUUUUGUGACGAUGGUCAUUGAAGAAUCAAAAAAUAUGGAGGAGAUGAAUGUGGAACAAUUGAUGGGCUCACUUCAAGCAUACGAGGAGAGACUCAAGGGAGAUGAAAAACCCCUUGAACAAGCAUUGCAAACCAAGUUAUCACUUCAAGGGAAACGUGGUGAGUCAAGUCGAGGAAACUAUCAACGAGGAAAAGGAAGAAGUUAUGGCCAAAGAGGUAGAGGUGGUAGAUUCCAUCCUAAGGAAGAUGACAAUGGUGGUGAUGGUGAAGGCACAACCAGUCAAAGAGGACGUGGUCGCAAUCGUGGCCGAGGACGAGGUCGUGGACGCUAG